CUAAAAGCAAGGUGGAGGAGCGUGUUUGAGGGAUUGUGGGAAUUUAGGGCCGUGCACCCGCCCCUCCUCCCCCCGCAAUGCGUGGGGCGCCUGGAGAGGGGUCUUGCGGGCAGGUGGGAUCCUGCGGAGACCCGAGCGCGGAGUGCGCGCUGGCCCGGGUGGGGGCUCCCAAAGAGGUCUCCGCAGCGCCCCCUUCUUCUCACCCGGGGUUUGAGUCCCACAGUUAUUGAGAGACUUCCAAGUCUUCAACCCUACCAUGGCUAAUGGGGUGAUCCCGCCGCCCGGGGGCGCCUCCCCCCUACCCCAGGUCCGGGUGCCCUUGGAGGAGCCCCCUCUGGGUCCAGACAUAGAAGAGGAGGAUGAUGACUUGGGCAAGACCUUGGCUGUGAGCAGGUUUGGGGACCUCAUCAGCAAGAUCCCGGCCUGGGACCCUGAGAAGCCUAGCCGCAGCUACAGCGAGCGGGACUUUGAGUUUCACCGGCACACAUCCCACCACACCCAUCACCCGCUCUCAGCCCGCCUGCCUCCACCCCACAAGCUGCGGCGACUGCCCCCCACCUCUGCUCGGCACACCAGGAGGAAGAGGAAGAAGGAGAAGACCUCUGCUCCCCCCUCAGAAGGGACGCCUCCUAUCCAAGAGGAGGGGGGAGCUGGAGCAGAGGAGGAGGAGGAGGAAGAGGAAGAGGAAGGAGAGUCUGAGGCAGAGCCUGCGGAGCCUGCACUCCUGGGGCCCCCACAGAAAGCAAAGUUCUCUAUUGGAAGCGAUGAGGAUGACAGCCCGGGCCUAUCGAACAAGGUCACCUGUACCAAGGCCCUGCCUUCUGUGGGCCUUCACGCUGACCAAAGCCCCCAGCGCUCCAGCAGCUCUCCCAGCCCCCGAGCCCGGGCUUCCCGAAUCUCUACAGAGAAGAGCCGGCCCUGGAGUCCGUCAGCCAGCUAUGACCUACGAGAGCGAUUGUGCCCAGGCAGUGCCCUGGGCAACCCUGGGCCGGAGCAGCGGGUGCCCACCGAUGAAGCCGAGGCCCAGAUGCUGGGCUCUGCAGAUCUGGAUGACAUGAAGAGCCACCGGCUAGAAGACAACCCUGGUGUGAGGCGACACUUGGUGAAGAAAUCAUCCCGGAUACAGGGUGGGAGAGGAAGCCCCAGUGGCCUGGCUCCCAUCCUGCGCAGGAAGAAGAAGAAGAAGAAGUUGGAUAGGAGACCCCAUGAGGUAUUCGUGGAGUUGAACGAGCUGAUGUUGGACCGUAGCCAGGAGCCACACUGGCGGGAGACAGCACGGUGGAUCAAGUUUGAGGAGGACGUAGAGGAGGAGACUGAGCGCUGGGGGAAGCCCCACGUUGCUUCCCUCUCCUUCCGUAGUCUGCUGGAGCUCAGGAGGACCAUUGCUCAGGGAGCGGCUCUCCUGGACUUGGAGCAGACCACCCUGCCAGGCAUCGCUCACCUUGUGGUGGAGACUAUGAUUGUAUCUGACCAGAUCCGGCCAGAGGACAGGGCUAGUGUCCUGCGGACUUUGCUCCUGAAACACAGCCAUCCCAAUGAUGACAAGGACAGUGGCUUUUUCCCUCGAAAUCCGUCAAGCUCCAGCGUGAACUCAGUCCUGGGGAAUCACCACCCAACCCCUAGUCAUGGCCCUGAUGGUGCGGUACCCACCAUUGCUGAUGACCUAGGGGAGCCAGCCCCAUUGUGGCCGCAUGAUCCUGAUGCCAAGGAGAAGCCCCUCCACAUGCCUGGAGGAGAUGGUCACCGGGGGAAAAGCCUGAAACUUCUGGAGAAGAUCCCUGAAGAUGCCGAGGCCACCGUCGUGCUUGUGGGCUGUGUGCCUUUCUUGGAGCAGCCAGCAGCAGCCUUUGUGCGGCUAAGUGAGGCUGUGCUCUUGGAGUCUGUGCUCGAGGUCCCCGUACCUGUCCGCUUCCUCUUUGUGAUGCUGGGGCCCCGCCACACCAGCACCGACUAUCAUGAGCUAGGACGCUCCAUCGCUACCCUCAUGUCUGACAAGCUGUUUCACGAGGCUGCCUACCAGGCAGACGACCGGCAGGACCUUUUGGGUGCCAUCAGCGAGUUCUUAGAUGGCAGCAUUGUGAUACCCCCAUCGGAAGUGGAGGGCCGUGACCUACUACGCUCCGUGGCUGCCUUCCAGCGCGAGCUGCUGAGGAAGCGGCGGGAGCGGGAACAGACCAAAGUGGAGAUGACCACCCGGGGCGGAUAUGUGGCCCCUGGCAAAGAACUGUCUUUGGAGAUGGGGGGCUCCGAGGCAACCUCUGAAGAUGAUCCCCUGCAGCGGACAGGCUCAGUGUUUGGGGGUCUGGUGCGGGAUGUGAAGCGCCGGUACCCACACUACCCCAGUGACCUGCGGGACGCACUGCACUCCCAGUGUGUGGCUGCUGUGCUCUUCAUCUACUUUGCAGCCCUCAGCCCUGCCAUCACCUUUGGGGGGCUACUAGGAGAGAAGACGGAGGGGCUGAUGGGCGUGUCGGAGCUGAUUGUGUCCACAGCUGUGCUUGGGGUUCUCUUCUCUCUGCUGGGGGCCCAGCCACUGCUCGUGGUGGGCUUCUCCGGGCCCCUGCUGGUCUUUGAGGAAGCCUUCUUCAAGUUCUGCCGAGCUCAGGACCUGGAGUACCUCACCGGUCGAGUAUGGGUGGGCCUCUGGCUGGUGGUCUUCGUCCUGGCCCUGGUGGCUGCAGAGGGCAGUUUCCUGGUCCGCUACAUCUCGCCGUUUACCCAGGAGAUCUUUGCGUUCCUCAUCUCGCUAAUUUUCAUCUAUGAGACUUUUCACAAGCUCUACAAGGUGUUCACAGAGCAUCCUCUGCUGCCAUUCUACCCACCGGAUGGGGCCCUGGAGGGGACCCUAGAGACGGGCUUGGAACUGAAUAGUAGUGCCCUGCCCCCCACAGAGGGACCGCCAGGCCCAAGGAACCAGCCCAAUACAGCUCUGCUGUCUCUCAUCCUCAUGCUGGGGACUUUCCUCAUUGCCUUCUUCCUGCGCAAGUUCAGGAACAGCCGCUUCCUGGGGGGCAAGGCUCGGCGCAUCAUUGGCGAUUUUGGCAUUCCCAUUUCCAUCUUGGUGAUGGUCCUGGUGGACUACUCUAUCACAGACACCUACACGCAGAAGCUGACGGUGCCUACAGGGCUCUCCGUGACUUCCCCACAUAAACGCACGUGGUUCAUCCCACCGUUGGGCAGCGCCCGUCCCUUCCCACCUUGGAUGAUGGUGGCUGCUGCUGUCCCUGCACUGUUGGUCCUCAUCCUGAUAUUCAUGGAGACACAGAUCACCGCGCUCAUCGUCAGUCAGAAGGCACGAAGGCUACUCAAGGGUUCCGGCUUCCAUCUUGACCUGCUUUUGAUCGGCUCCCUGGGUGGCCUCUGUGGGUUGUUCGGAUUGCCCUGGCUCACUGCUGCCACCGUCCGCUCUGUCACCCACGUCAAUGCAUUGACAGUCAUGCGCACUGCCAUCGCACCUGGUGACAAGCCCCAGAUCCAGGAGGUUCGGGAGCAGCGAGUCACCGGAGUGCUCAUUGCCAGCCUUGUGGGCCUGUCUAUCGUCAUGGGGGCUGUGCUGCGCCGGAUCCCAUUGGCUGUACUCUUCGGGAUUUUCCUAUACAUGGGGGUCACUUCGCUGUCUGGUAUCCAGUUGUCCCAACGUCUGCUGCUCAUUUUCAUGCCAGCAAAGCACCAUCCUGAGCAGCCCUACGUGACCAAGGUGAAGACAUGGCGGAUGCACCUGUUCACCUGCAUCCAGCUGGGCUGCAUUGCUCUCCUCUGGGUGGUCAAGUCAACGGCGGCCUCACUGGCCUUUCCUUUCCUGCUCUUGCUCACGGUGCCUCUGAGGCGUUGCCUUUUGCCCCGGCUCUUCCAGGACAGAGAGUUGCAGGCGCUGGACUCUGAAGAUGCUGAGCCAAACUUUGAUGAGGAUGGCCAGGACGAGUACAACGAGCUGCACAUGCCUGUGUGACCCUCGAGAUGGUGCCCCUCAGAGACCCCACCUUGGUGACUCACAGACCCUAGGAACCCAGCACCAGGGCCAGACAUUCCUUAGGACCCAGGGAUGUGUCCGGAGUCACUUCCCAUGCCAGGCCAGCGGCCCCGUGACUUUCACAGACUAGACGACACAGGCUUUGAAGUCAUUAUAACACACUCCUUGUCUCGUG